AUGGCUGCCAUUUUCUCUUCUGCUUCCAUUUCAUCAUCCCAUCAAAUCAAACUCCAGCCAUCCUCUUUGUCCACUGAUAGCCAAAGGGCAUUCAAACUGCGAUGUAACAUGAAGAACCCAUCGUCAAAUGAUUCCUCUACCUCUGCUUCUCAAGAAUCUGAACCUGAAAACUUGCUGCUGAAGAUGGCAUGGUAUGGUUCUGAGCUAUUGGGAAUUGCUGCCUCUUACAUCCGUUCUCCUAAAUCUGCUGCAACCCCGCAAGAAGAAAGACCAGUUCUACCAGUUAUUGAUGCUUCUGGAGUGAUUGAUCGUCAAAAAAUUGUGGAAACUAUCAAAGAUGAUUUUGGAAGGUCCUACUUUGUUACAGGUAACCUGACUCUUGAUGCAUACGAAGAAGACUGUGAAUUUGCGGAUCCAGCUGGUUCAUUCAGAGGCUUGGGACGAUUCAAGAGGAACUGCACUAAUUUUGGAUCCCUUCUUGAGAGGUCCAGUAUGAAACUUAUGAAGUGGGAAGAUUUUGAGGAAAAAUCCAUUGGACAUUGGCGCUUUAGCUGCAUAUUGUCAUUUCCUUGGAAGCCAAUUCUUUCAGCAACUGGAUACACUGAAUAUUACUUCAAUGAACAAUCUGGAAAAGUAUGCCGGCAUGUGGAAUACUGGAAUGUCCCCAAGAUGGUUUUGCUGAAGCAAAUCCUGAAGCCGAGUAGACAGUUAUCAAAGAAAAAAUCUGGUGGUUGA